AUGUCCGGAGAAAUAACUCCAACGGGUGGAAUUGGUCAAAUUUCCCAUGUGAUGGACAAGAUUGUGGGGGCAAGAAGGAGUCAAUUGAAGACCAUAAUAUUUCCUGAGGCUAACCGGAGAGAAUUUGAUGAGCUCCCGGAAAAUGUGAAAGAGGGUCUUGAUGUUCAAUUCGUCGAUGAAUAUGAGCAGAUAUUCGAGCUAGCAUUUAACUACAAUCUUGAAGAAGUCACAUUAAGCAUUUAA